CACACACACACACACACACACACACACACACACAUACCAUAGCCUACUCCCCAUGACAGACAUGUGUUGUCGGUAAGACCACCCUCGAUUGCUGGAGAGAGAUGGAGGGAAGUUUUCAAGACGGAGGUCCGACGCCAUUGUGACGUCACGGCUGCCCCUCUUUCUUUAUUCACCGCCGACCGCAGGAACCGCAACUGAAAAUCAAAUGAAAAUCAAUGGAGUAACUUUGAUACUUUAUAACUGUCUAACUUCGGCGUCGGAAAGCGUCUCCUGCCAUGCGACCGUGAAGAUCACAGCAUCCUGCAAGAGUUUGUCACCAUGUCUGUCCUGUUCUGGAUAUUCUGCACCCUCCAAUAAUGAACGGCACUAAGAAUGGGACAACGGUGGCCAACACCACUAUCGGUCUGUAUGACGGUGGAGCUGUGGUGCUGGAAUCUGUCUCUAUCAUCAUCAUAGCCAUACUGGCAUGUGUGGGAAACCUGGUUAUUGUGUUGACGCUGUAUAAGAAGCCCUACUUACUGACACCCAGCAACAAGUUUGUCUUCAGCCUGACUUUUUCCAAUCUGCUGUUGUCUUUACUAACGCUGCCCUUCGUAGUGGCCAGCUCGGUGCGCAGAGAUUGGAUCUUUGGGGUGGUUUGGUGUAACUUCACCGCACUGCUUCAUUUGCUUGUCAGCUCAUCUAGCAUGCUUACGCUGGGGGCCAUUGCUAUUGACAGGUACUAUGCUGUAUUGUAUCCCAUGAUCUACCCCAUGAAAAUCACAGGAAACCGAGCCGUCGUUGUCAUUGUUUACGUGUGGCUACACUCUCUGGUCGGAUGUCUGCCGCCGCUUUUCGGUUGGUCCGCGUUCGAGUUCGACCGCUUCAAGUGGACCUGUACGGCGGCUUGGCACAAAGAGAUCAGCUACACUGCUUUUUGGGUUACGUGGUGCUGCCUUCUACCGUUGGCGGCAAUGCUGGUCUGCUACGGCGUCAUUUUCCGUGUGGCCCGCAUCAAAGCUCGCAAGGUUUACUGUGGCACCGUAGUGGUGCAGCAGGAAGAGUCCGGUUCUCAGAAGAACGGUCGUAAGAACUCAAAUACCUCAACUUCGUCUAGCGGUAGCCGGAGGAGCCUGGUCUAUUCAGGGAGCCAAUGCAAGGCCUUCGUCACCAUCCUGGUGGUGCUGGGAACGUUUCUGACCACUUGGGGUCCGUAUGUGGUAGUGAUUAGUACUGAAGCACUGUGGGGUAAAGACAGUGUUUCUCCACAGAUGGAGACGUUGGUCUCUUGGCUGUCUUUUACAAGUGCUGUGUGUCAUCCACUUAUUUAUGGACUGUGGAACAAGACUGUACGAAAGGAGUUGCUGGGGAUGUGCUUCGGCGACCGCUAUUACAGAGAGUCUUUCGUUAUACGACACAGGAACUCUCGUCUGUUUAGCAUCUCGAAUCGUAUUACUGAUUUGGGGAUGUCUCCUCACCUGACGGCCAUGUUUGUGGGUGGUGGUCAGCUCAUGGGGCGUAGCAGCAGCACGGGAGACACGGGCUUCAGCUAUACACAGGACUCAGCUACAGACGUCAUGCUGUUGGAUGGCUACACCUCAGAAGCCUCCCACUCAACCCACUGCGCUGCCAGUAAGAGACGAAGUUCUGUCACAUUUGAAGACCAAGUGGAUCAAAUCCCUAAAGGUGAUCCCGCAACAGUCCAGGUGACAGCAGACAUUCACAAGUCUUUGGACAGCUUUGCAUCUUCUCUGGCCAAGGCUAUAGAGGAUGAUGCUAAGAUUCAACUAUUUGGGGAAUGGACUCAAAUUCCCACCAGUCUGUUUAGUGUCCGGAACACACAGAGAGGUCCACGUUACCUGGAUGGACAGAGACUUAGAAUGGAAAGCAUCGAUGAAGGAAUAGUUAAAGAUGAUGAUGAUGAAGAGGAGGAAGACGAACAACAGGAAAAAAUAGUUGAUAGUUCCAUAUAGUUUAUAGACUUAAAGAACCAGGUCAUUGAAUGAUCUGCAUCCCUGAAGGUACAUAAAGUCAUUAAAACGUCAAAGUGUUGACGUGUUUACAAAUAAUUUGUAUACAAUGUUUUUGAAUGAUUUACAUACAGGUUAAGAGCGUUUUAGCAGCUGCUAUUUUCAAUGGUGAGACCAAAGACCUACAGCGUGAUAGUAAAGUGGAUGUAGGCUGGUCAGGUACUAGGAGACAGUUUGUUUUUGUAAAAUGACAAAAGGUACUGUAAAAAUCAUGUAAUGUCUUCAUGUAUUAAGUAUCUCCUGUGUAUUAUGUUUACUUUUAUCUUAAUAGGAAACUGUAACCACUUUGUUUUAUGACCAUGUGGUAGUUACAUACUGACUGUAAGAAUAAUCUUAAUGAAAGAGGAUCCGUGAUAAAAGUGGCUCUUCUCCACUUUUUCAACUUGAGGUUUAUCGAUGUAUUCAAUUCUGUAAGGUCUCAUGAAGUAUAAAGAAAAGUUAAAAGGACACUCCACUUUUUUUGAAAAUAUGCUCAUUUUCCAGCUCCCCUAGAGUUAAACAUUUGAUUUUGGAAUCCAUUCAGCUGAUCUCCGGGUCUGGCGGUUCCACUUUUAGCAUAGCUUAGUGCAAUCCAUUGAAUCUGAUUAUACCAUUAGCAUCGCGUUAAAAAAUAACCAAAGAGUUUUGAUAUUUUUCCUAUUUAAAACUUGACUCUUCUGUAGUUACAUCGUGUACUAAGACCGACAGAAAAUUAAGAGUUAAAAAUUUCUAGGCCGAUAUGGCUAGGAACUAUAUUCUCAUUCUGGCGUAAUAAUCAAGGACUUUUCUGUCGUACCAUGGUUGCAGGAGGCGCAAUGAUAUUACGCAGCGCCUGACAGUUGUCCCCUUGGUAACUUUCAAUAGGAGGGGACUAUUUUUGGGCAGUGUGUAAAGUCCUUGAUUAUUACGCCAGAAGAUUUAAGUUUUAAAUAGGAAAAAUAUCAAAACUCUUUAGUUAUUUUUAGGUCUAAUCAGAUUCAAUUUAUUAUGCUAAGCUAUGCUAAAAGUGGUACCACCAGACCCGGAGAUCGGCUGAAUGGAUUCUAAAAAUC